UUAAUUCACACCAUGGCCACCUUGUUCUUUGUCAGCCUUCACAAUUUUGCUCCUCUUGCAGACGCAGCCGCUCUGUUUUCUAAUAUUUUCUAUGAAGCCGACGUAAAAGUCUCACGCACACAGUUGUCGAUGAUCACCGCAGACCGUUCCCGUUGGUUCGUCGCUGUGCUCCAUAUUUGGGAACCCUUCUUCAACGACUACUAUAUCGAUAAAGAUAUCACUUCAAGAAUUUCUCUCCCAACAUUCCAUUGUCAUAUGAAUAGAGCAAGAAAAGAUCAUUGUUCUUCAAUGAACAUCCGUAUGCAGAAAGGCCAUAACUACCUUUUCCUUGAGUUUAAAAAUUCAAAAAAAGACAUAUAUCGGAGAAUGUUUUUGUCACCUUCACGAGAGGAGGAUUUAACCCAAACUCAAAUUGAUAAUCAAAACUUUUUCAGCAUUCAUUCGAGUGAUUUUAGACGCAUAAUAACAGAAGUAUCUCAUUUACCAAAUGAUUUGGUCAUCGUUGUUACCGUUACCAAUUCACAAGUCAAGUUCUCUGUUUCAUCUAAAGAGAUUAUUCUUACAGAAGAGGUAAAAGGCUGGAGAUUGUCAAAUUAUAGGCUAUGA